UACCGCUGCAUUUCCCCUUCCCUGCACCCCAGCCCCCUGCACAGAAGCACCCGAGGCAGGAGGCUCCGUUCCCUGCUGCGCUGGAUGAAGGAGCUGAGCCGGGACCUGCUGCCUGCCCUCGCCCAUGGAGUGUCCCGCAGCCACCGUGGCACUCGCCCUCUCGGGACUGGCGCUGACUUUCUGCUUUGAGCGGCUCUAUUCCGAAUGUUACACAGCAAAUGGGGCGGACUAUCGGGGCACUCAGAACCAAACCUCCUUGCAUGCGGGGAGACCUUGUCUCUUUUGGAAUGAGACUUUUCAGCAUCCUUACAAUACCCUGAAAUACCCCAAUGGAGAGGGAGGGCUUGGAGAGCACAACUACUGCAGGAACCCUGAUGGAGAUGUCAGCCCCUGGUGCUACAUUGCAGAGUGUGAGGAUGGAGUGUAUUGGAAAUACUGUGAGAUUCCGUCUUGCCGAAUGCCUGGGAAUCUUGGCUGUUACAAGGACUAUGGAGAUCCACCUCUUACUGGCAUCAGUGAGACCUCAAACAAACUCACUAUCCAAACCUGCAUCAGCUUCUGCCGAAAUCAGCAGUUCAAGUUGGCAGGCAUGGAGUCAGGCUAUGCCUGUUUCUGUGGGAAUAACCCUGACUAUUGGCGCUAUGGGGAGGCAGUCAGCACAGAAUGCAACAGUGUCUGUUUUGGCGACCAUACCCAACCCUGUGGUGGCGAUGGCAGGGUUAUCCUCUUUGACACCCUCAUUGGUGCCUGUGGAGGGAACUACACCUCCCCAACAUCUGUGAUCUAUUCCCCAGAUUUCCCUGACACGUAUGCCACAGGCAGGGUCUGCUACUGGACCAUACAAAUUCCAGGAGCAUCUCAGAUCCAGUUCGACUUCACUCUCUUUGACAUCAAGGACUCCACAGACAUGGUGGAGGUGCUGGAUGGCUACACCUAUCAUGUGCUGGCUCGUUUUGAUGGCAGGAACCAGCCUCCCAUCUCUUUUAAUGUCUCUUUGGAUUUUGUCAUUUUGUAUUUUUUCUCAGAUCAAAUCAAUCAGGCCCAGGGAUUUGCUGUCGUGUACAGAGCUACCAAAGAAAAGCUACACCAGGACAUUACUACAGUCGAUCAGAAAUUUACUGAGGUGAUAACUGAACAAGCAAAUCUCCGCAUCAAUGCAGCCCAGUCUUCAAAGAUACUUUAUGUCAUCACAACCAGCCCAAGUCAUCCCCCUAGCAUCAUGCCUGAGUGGAUAGUAUAUGGCCUCACAGCUCUCCUCAUCCUAACUGUCUCAGCCAUAUUGGCAAAGAUACUUCUGCAUUUCAUAAUGAAAUCUCAUCAGGCACCUCCUUCAGUUGAGAUAGGGGAUUCUCACCAAGCAACUACUGCAGGAGAGAUCUGGAGUAUUUUUUACAAGCCAUCCACCUCCAUCUCCAUCUUCAAGAAAAAAUUUAAGAGCCAACAAGAUGAUUGCAACCUCCUUGUGGGAAACUAAAGUGCCAGUUACGCCAUGAGACACAAUAUUCUCCUGCAAUUCAAAGUGUAUUGGGGAUAAUCCUUUUCCUCUAUCUUCUCCUUGUUUUCCAAAGGAUCUGGACAGACCUUUUCUGGAGAUCCAUGGUGCACACCAGACAUGGGAAAACCAGCUGCUAUAACCAUUUUGAAGUAUCUGGAGCUUGUCAGCUCUCAUAUCCUUCUAAAUAUGGUCUUAAACCACUUCGCUUAAAAUAGAAACAGAAUCUCUAAAACAGUAGGUGUCCCGCACACCACAAAACGAGAUGAAUGUGGGAACCUUGUGGAGAUCAGGGCUUUGGGUCUGCUUUGACUGCUGUAAUAGUUUAGGGCAUUUUAAGCUCAAAGUUAAGCACAAAUAUAAAUGACACCAUCUUUUCAGCUGCUGCAGCAGCAGGUGCUGAGUUGCCUCUGCUGUAGAUGUUUCUAGCUGGCAAUGUACAAAGGUGAGGGCGUCACAGACUUUGAAAAGGUAUCUGCCUAAUAGCCAGUGUUCUGUUAUUUUUGGAUGGUCUCUUUUCAGAAGUACAAAUUUGGAGAAUCAAUCAGGUCUCAAAGGUAAAAUUAGGAGAAAAAUGCUCAACAAAGCCUGCGCUACAAACAAAUUAAAUAGGUGGUGCUCAUUGGUUCAGAGUCGACAUGGGAUGUUUAGAGUUUAAAGUUUGUGUGUCCGAGCCACCAUGCCUACUAAUUGUUUUCUAAGAGGUCACUUAUAGUAGCAAGAGACAUGUCAUGACAAACCUAUACCAUUCUUAUGCCCUGCAUAGAGUCUGGAUGUGAACAUCGGGCUGCCUAACAAAGCUAUGACCUUUCAGUCAAACUGUUAAGUCAGUGAGCUUCAGAUGGUAAGGCUGACAAUCAAGAUUGCAUACAACAAAAGUUAAAGAUAUCCCUGACAGCAGCAAAAGGUGGGGAUGAAACAAUGGAUCUGUAAUAGUUGGUAAAUGACUGUAUGGCAUUAUCAGUAUCAAUUGACUAGAAGGUUGGAAGGAACAGUAAGGGGCAUGUGUAUGUGUGAGUGAGAGAGAGGUGACCAAAUAGAAAUGUAUCUGACAGAGAGACAAACCUGCUGUCCUCAAGAUGCCUGAAUAUAUAUGUGCAGCUGUAACCUCUGGGACACUUGUACUGCAACCUGAGGGUUGGGAGGGUAUGUUUAACCUGGAGUGUUUGAGGUUUGUGGGCUUAAGCAUUAUAAAUGCUUCAGCAACUCAUCUGCCAUUUAAAAAUGGAGUUGCUGCAAUGAGAGCAGCUGAAAAAAGCAGCAGUAGUUUCCAUAGCUCAGGGCUUGAGACUCCCACACAUUCCUGUGCUAGUAUCUGGACAGCAGGCUCCAUUUCCCUAUACAGGGGACUCCUUGAUGCUUCCAGCCUUUGCACCUGUUUCUAUUGUGACCUUGUCAACAUCAUAUUUCAAGUGCACCACAUAGUUCCCAGCAAUCAUGAGGCCAGGAUUAGGAUAGUGGCAGCCAAUCCUUACCCCAACACUAAAUCAAGCUGCCUUGCUGUGCAUUCCAGACUGCAGAACUACACAAGGAAGUGAUGGGACAGCUGGAUUUUGUCUCCAUUAAGAGGUGACAGUGUAUAAAUGUGAGUAAUCAAAGCAAAGAAAAGCUCCAGUUAGACAACAGAAUGAGGAGGAGAAACACUGGAGACAAACACCAACCCCUCAGGAAAUCUACCCAAACAAAAGCAAAACUGAGGCCAAGACAAGUGACAGCUGCUGCUUUCGGUUAAAGGUGGUUUUGAAUGUUCUUGCCAACAAUAUCAAAGCCAAGAGUGUUCUCACUCCAAUUUUUUUGAUCCAGGAGAGGGGAUUACACCAGUUCAGCUGUCUUCAUACCCUGCAGUAUUGGAGAAAGUAUCUUGUUCCAGAAGCCUUUGGACUUGUAUCAACAUAUGCUCAUCCUCCACCACGGGCAGUUCGACGCUGCCAUAGAAUCCAUGCUCUAACCUCAGAGCCAGGUGAAUGACAAAGACAUGGCCAAGAAUAGUCUUCAGGAGAGUUACAAAAGGGACACUGGGUUUCUCACUAGAACAGCCGGAAUGAUGCUUUCAUACAAACAAGGUUUUAACACCAGCCACAAGAAGACCAGCCUGUGUUCUCUUGAUAAUGAGGCUCUUUUGUGGAAUCAUUUGUUACAUGAUUUCCUACACCAUGAAAAGUCUGAACAUGGCGGGGCAGAGCCUCAAUAAGUGUGUUACCAUAGCUUCAUUGACUUUACUGGUUCUAUGACAAUUUACAGUAGCUGAGAGAGAGGGCUCAUUUCACUAAGACUUGGUCCACACUGGGGUGGGGGAUCGAGCUAGGAAACGCAACUUCAGCUACGAGAAUAGCGUAGCUGAAGUCGACGUUUCCAGAUC